CCGUUAUUUCGCGAAUUGGCGGAGAAAGAGCGAAUCCGUUUUCGCUCGUCGAUAGAAACUUAGUUUCGGCGGCAUUAUGAAUUUUCUACGGAUGAUGAAGAAUAAUUCGUCGAUUUUUCUUCUAUUGAUAGGGGUAGUGACAUCAGUACCUUAUUACGGAGCACGAAUUGGAAAAUUCAGCACUCAUUUUCAUGACGUAAGAGGAGAAGUGUAUGCUGUAGAUGACAAAACUUUGUUCAUUAAAGGAUUUAAUUACGAUGGAAAAGGACAAGAUGCUGUCUUUUGGUCUGGAAACUCGAUCAGGCCCGACACCACUGGAUUUAUCAUUCCAAAUCAUAAGGCUUCAUUUCAACCAUUAUCCCAGUAUAAUAAUCAGGAUUUGAUACUGCGUUUACCAGAGGGGAAGAAAGUUAAUGAUAUUCAUUGGCUAUCAGUUUGGAGCAAAAAGCACUCUACAAGCUUUGGAACUUUAAUUUUUCCCAAAAGUCUUGUACCUCCACGACCAGUAGUGAUUGGACCUUUGGUGAAUACAAAGAAAGGAGUCUCUUCCGGAGAUAUUUUGGUAUUGGAUACGCAAACCUUUUUGAUUCCAGACUUCAGCUAUGAUGGAUCUGGUAAAGGUACAGUAAAAGGAUUUUUAUUUAAUUGA